CAAAAAUCUAGGAUUUCACUCGCGACAGCUGACAGAGACUGCGACUUUUCCAAUAGAUUUACGAAAAAUGUUCGGUUUAUCUAUUCGUGAGAUUGCUCUUCGCUUACGUGAUGGUCGCCUUUCGGUCACUGAGCUCUGUUCGAGAUGUGUAGAGAGGGCAAGGCACUGUAAAGAGCUGAAUGCUAUCGUUACAGAGUGCUUUGAUCAAGGACUGGAAGAUGCAAAGAAAGUCCAAGACAAAAUAAAUGAAGGUGCAUCUGUAGGCCGUUUAGGUGGGAUACUUAUAACUAUCAAGGACAACUACAGCACAGCAGGGCUCAGAACAACCUGUGGCUCAAAAAUGUUAGAGAAUUAUAAGCCACCAUACACAGCUACAGUGGUAGAAAGACUUCAGGAUCAUGGUGCUAUCCUUCUGGGAAAAACUAACCUUGAUGAGUUUGCCAUGGGGAGUGGCACAACAGAGAGUUUGUUUGGUCCUACACGUAAUGUAUGGAGGUAUCCCUUUCAUCGGGUCAAGAAACGUCAAGCCCAGAAUGCUGGAGGGAGGUAUAGUUCUGAAGAUGAUAUCGUUGAUUCUGAUUGGUUCGUUAGUGGAGGCAGCUCAGGAGGAAGUGGUGUUGCAGUAGCAAGUGGGUCGUGCCUGGCAGCUCUGGGUUCAGAUACAGGAGGCUCAGUCCGUCAUCCAGCAUCAUUUUGUGGUGUCGUCGGUUUGAAACCUUCUUAUGGUCUUUGUUCAAGGCAUGGCCUGAUAUCUCUAGUCAACUCUUCAGAUGUUCCUGGUAUCUUCACCAAGACCGUAGAUGAUACAGCAACUGUAUUAGGUGCUAUGGCAGGCCAUGACCCGAUGGACUCUACAACCGUAACGGAUCCAUUCACACCGUUUACCUUGCCAGAUGAGAUCGAUGUGAAAGGGCUUCAUAUAGGUAUUCCUAAAGAAUACCAUGCCCCUGGAUUGAGUGAAGACGUCUUGAUGGCUUGGUCCAAAGCUGCUGAUCUCUUUGAAAAUGCCGGUGCCAAAGUGAGCCCAAUAUCCCUCCCCCACACCCAGUAUUCCAUAGCUGUUUACUCCGUCCUCAACACCGUAGAAGUCGCAUCCAAUAUGGCCAGAUAUGAUGGAAUAGAAUAUGGUCAUCGGAGCAGUGAAGCUGGUCGAUCAACUGAAGAGUUGUAUGCAGCUAGCAGGCAUGAGGGCUUCUUAGAAACGGUCAGAGGUCGUAUCUUAACUGGCAAUUACUUCCUGUUGGACAAGAAUUAUGAGCGUUACUUCUUGCAUGCCCAACGGGUUCGCCGUCUCAUCUCCCAGGAUUUCCAGAAGGUCUUUGAGAGCGGAGUGGACGUUAUCGUAACACCGACCACCAUCUCUGAUAGUCCCACGUAUGCUGAAUUCUGUGAGGUUGAUACCAGGACACAAGCAGAGAGGCAGGAUAUCUUUACUCAACCUGUUAACCUAGCAGGUUUGCCUGCAGUAGUUGUACCAACAGUGCUGUCUAAUAGAGGUCUACCAAUUGGAAUUCAGCUUAUAGGAAAGUGUUUUCAAGACCAAGACCUUCUGACUGUUGCUAAGUGGUUUGAACAACAGGUCCAUUUUCCACAUCACAUUAUAGAGGACUAUUUUGUAGAUUGACCCAAACCGAUUAAGAUCCAGCUUUAAUAUUGGAAGGUACUUUCAAGACCAGGAUCUAUUGGCUGUUGUAAUAGUGGUUUUAACUACCGGUCCAGUCCCCACAUUACAUGAUAGAGGACUAUUUCCCAGAAUAAUCCAGUUCUACUGUUUGUGAUGCAGCUUAUUGGGAAGAGCUUCCAAGACCAGGAUCUAUUGACUGUUGCUAAGUGAUUUGGACUACAGGUCCUGUUCCCACAUCACGUUAUGGAUGACUAUUUCACAGACUGAACUAAGUCUUCUAUUUGGGGUCCAGCUUAUUGGGGAGUGUUUUCAGGACCAAAACCUACCAACU